AUGAAUGAAAUUGAUAAAGCUGAUACAUGUUUUUUUCAUAUAUUUAUUAAACAAUAUGAUCAAUUUAAUAAAAUUUACACCGAAGCAAAUCAAUUACGACAAAAUGAUAAAAAAUAUACAAAAACUAUUGCACAUAUUGCAACUGGGUUUCAAAAAAUUAAAUCAAGAAUAUCAUCAAAUAAAAAUGAAACACCAAUUACAUUAGAAGAUGCUAAAAAAAUAAACGAUCUUUUAGCACCAAUAUCUUAUCAAAUGGAUCAAGUAUUAACCAAUAGAAAUCUAUUAAAACGAUCAAAAUCAACAUCUACAAAUCGAUGUUGUUCUCUGUUUUGA